CUGUGCAGCAUGCACUACUACAGCUUCUCAAUGCCUGUUCACAUGCUCUGAGGCAAGUGUUUAUCUAGCAUUCUCUGCAAAAAUACCUAACCAUUUUCUGAGGAGCUCCAGAGGCUUGUGGCUGAACGCUUGCCAAUGUCAAUUUCUGCAAACUUUGUUGAGGUUGUGAUUUAAAAAAAAAAGUUUCAUCAGGUUCAUUGGGAUAAGAAACAAGUCAGAGGAGAACAUGUCCCUGGACGUGAAGGAGAAGACAGAGGUACGCCUGGUGUUCAUGGGAGCAGCAGGCGUGGGGAAAACGGCUCUGAUCCAGCGCUUCCUACAGGACAGCUUCGAGCCCAAGCACCGGCGUACAGUGGAGGAGCUUCACAGCAAGGAGUAUGAGGUGGGUGGCAUCAAGGUGACCAUUCACAUCAUGGACACCAGCGGCAGCUACUCCUUCCCAGCCAUGCGCAAGCUCUCUAUCCAGAACGGGGAUGCUUUCGCCCUUGUGUAUUCAGUGGACGACCCAGAGUCGCUGGACGCCGUCAAGAGCCUGCGGGAGGAGAUCCUGGAGAUCAAGGAGGACAAGUUUACGCCCAUUGUGGUGGUGGGCAACAAGACAGACCGGCAGGGCGAGCGCCGGGUGUCAGCUGAAGACGUGCUUGCCACGGUCGAGCUGGACUGGAACCACUGCUUUCUGGAAGCCUCGGCCAAAGAGAACGACAACGUGCUGCAGGUGUUCCGCGAGCUUCUCCAGCAAGCCAACCUGCCCAGUCGUCUGAGCCCCGCCCUCUGCCGUCGUAGAGAGACGUUCCCCAAGAAUAUCGGAGCACGACCGCCAAUGAACAAGACCAACAGCUGCACUGUCUCCUAAAACAGGCAGGGAAGAAGCUGUGUGGGGACAGGGGGGCGAGAGGGGAGGAGGAGAGUCUGUACAAAGCCCUAUGGCAGCGGAGAGAAAAGGCAAUUAAGCUAAAAAAAAAAAUAAUAAUAAUAAUAAGCUUGUUAAACUGCACACUCCUCACAAUCUGUGGAACCUUCCAAACUCAGCAUCACUGUCAUCAUCCCAGUAUUGACAACAGCAAAGGUUUUAAAGACACUGACUGCUGAUAAGGGGAGGAAAAAGGAGGAAAAGACAAUGAUUAGCUUUUACUCUGUGAGAAAAUGCAGGAACUUUUGAAGACACUUGCUGGACAUGCUGAAUGUUGUGACAGUUUUCAAGUUGCAUUAAGCUUGUGAAGCUCUGAUGCAAGAUCAAUGUAAAGUGUCAAGCUGAUGCAGUUGUGCCAAGUCUGAAUGGUGUACAAGUCUUUCAAAAAAGUAUUCUGAUUAUGUAAGUUAUGUAGGCUGUAGCAUAAACUAGCCUAAAUGUACAAUUCUCCUAAUAGUCAACUGUAUGAAGUUUGCAUUGGUUUACAAGUAAUUGCAACAAAGCUCUGAGCCAUGGUGUUUUUAAGUUUUAUCUCAUUUCUCAGUACCAUGCUUGUCACCAUACACAUGCACUUUCGAUAUUCUAUAGACAUCUUAUGUUGCACAUUUUUUAUGUUUUGUUACUCUAUCAACAAAUAAAUAUUUAAAAUGCUCAAA